AUGGCACAGACAGAAGACUGGUACCCGCUGUCGACCUUUUCAUUUUACAACAAUAGAUCAAUGAGACGUACGAGUAACCAGUUGAAUGCAGCAUUGGCAAAAUUAGUCAAGAUGGCGGCCAUGGAGUUGGAGAAAGCUGAGGCUCUUUACGAAACAGAUAAAAGUGCUGCGAUCGCAAUCCUUCAUGGAAUCGUAAAGCAAGAUGUACAAGCUUCAGAUGAGGAUGGAAUCAGGGUCAAAGAGCAAAGCAUCACGGCUCUCGGUGGACUCCUUGCUAAAACAAAACAAGCUGAUGAGCUUGGAGGCUUGAUUAAGUUCACCAGACCGUUUCUGUCCUUUGUCAGCAAAGCCAAGGCAGCCAAGCUGGUCCGAGCCCUAGUAGACCUGUUCCUUGACAUGGAAGCAGGCACAGGAAAUGAGGUGUCACUCUGUCUGGAGUGUAUAGAGUGGGCCACAACAGAGAAACGCACUUUCCUGCGACAAGCCCUUGAAUCCAGACUUAUUGCACUUUACUACGAAAUAAAGAAAUACACUGAUGCACUGGCAGUGGGUUCAAGGUUACUGAAAGAGUUGAAGAAAAUGGACGACAAAGCUCUUCUUGUUGAGGUUCAACUUCUUGAAAGUAAAGUGUACCACGCCCUGGGAAAUCUUCCAAAAUCAAGAGCUGCUUUGACUUCUGCACGUACCACAGCCAAUGCCAUCUACUGCCCUCCAAAGCUACAAGCAGCACUAGAUCUGCAGUCAGGUGUCCUACAUGCUGCGGAUGAGCGUGACUUCAAAACAGCCUUCUCUUACUUCUACGAGGCAUUUGAAGGAUAUGACUCCGUAGAAAACGCUAAAGCCAUUGACGCCCUAAAGUAUAUGUUGCUGUCCAAGAUCAUGUUGAACAGUGCGGACGAUGUUCAGUCAAUAGUGAGUGGAAAGUUGGCUUUGAGAUACGCUGGUCCAGAUGUUGAAGCUCUCAAAUGCAUAGCAAGUGCCAGCAAGAACAGAUCUCUCUCAGAAUUUCAACAGACAAAAAGCAAGUACACAAAAGAGUUAGAGGAUGAUCCCAUUAUCCGAGCCCAUCUGGAUUCACUGUAUGAUAAUCUCCUAGAGCAGAAUCUCUGCCGUAUCAUCGAGCCAUUCUCAAGGGUACAAGUUGCACAUGUCGCCAGUAUCAUCAAACUCCCACUGAACCUUGUAGAAAGAAAGCUGUCACAGAUGAUCUUAGACAAGAAAUUUCAUGGUAUUCUAGACCAGGGUGAGGGAGUUCUCAUCGUGUUUGAUGAACCUGUUGUUGACCAAACUUACGAGAUGGCACUCAACACUAUACAGAGUAUGGGGAAAGUCGUCGAUGCACUCUACAAGAAAACCAUUAAGUUGUAUUGAUGUUUGACUAUAUAGUGUAAUUAAUUUAGCCUCAAACAAGAUGCUUUACUAUCUGUUUAGUGCUUGGUAAAAAAGGGGUUCAGGAUGGAAGGUCUUACUAUAUUGUCACUGGGGUAGAUUGCCGGCAUGGGGAAGAUUCCAUAAGUUGAAAAAGGGAAAAGGGAAUGUUUCUAAAGUAAAAAGCAUUAUAAAUGUGUUUGCUUUAAAUUUGGAUGUCUUCUUGUUGCUAAAAAUUGAAUUUCUUGACUGUGAAAUUCUUGCUCGUGGAAUAUUUUCAAAUGCCAAAACCUUCACCUUCAAAUUUAAAAAUGUCCAGAAUGCCCAUUAGCUUAUGAUGUACAUCUUUGCAAAAGUCUCAAUGGUUUAUUGCACAGACCUUUAUCAUCAAUUAAAGUGCUGGCAAUAUAUAAACAUUCUAGUAAAUAAGGAUAUUUUUUUUAUACAUCUACACGCAUUUGACUCGUCUUAAAUUUCAAUGUGUAAUCGGUUUUACAGGACUUCAUUUUUAAACUUUUGAGUUUGAAGAUUUCAUUUAAAACUGUAACUGAGAAUGAAAACUACUUGAUCACAUAUUUUCCCUGUGGCCAAGUUAUGUAUACAACACAUCCAAAACAAUCUCAAGUGCUAAUCACAAUUUUCGUAACCGUCUUCGUAAUGAAUGUGUUUGCCAGGGAACAGUCUGUAUCCCCCCAUAACAAAUUCAAAAGUGUAUCUGAUGACAAUUUGAUUUGUAAUAAAUAUGAAAACUUCAUUACA